UGAAUCCAAAAACCAAAAUAUAUAAAUUUAGAUCUCGUUUAAAUUCAUGACCAAAAUAAUACCAAUAAAAUUAUUAUUUAUUGUUUAUAUCUAUAAAAAUAAAUUUCCUAAUGUCAUCUAAGGAUCAUGUGCAUCAUUCAGCUUCUGAGGCAAAUAUUAAACACAUUGAUUGUUCCUUACUUAACAGAGACAGUCUAAAUAAUUCCCAAGAUAAGCUUACAAGAACAGGAUCUAGAUUUAAAGUCGCCUUGGUUGAAAACAAUAGCGUAUUAAAUGAUCACUCUAUUGAAAAUGCAAAAUAUCUAUCACAAUCUGAAAUUUUUAACUUAUCUAAAAAAAAUUUUAAAAGAAAAAAAAUUUCUUGUCCAAUUUCUACUGGUGUUAAUACCACAGAAACUUCAAUAUAUCACAUGCCUCAUACAUCACAAUUAGAUGAUCUUCCCAUGACAACCAAAAAAAAACAACAUGAAACAAAAAUGUAUUUAGGAGGAUCAAUUGAAAUUCCUGACAUAAUUGAUGAUCAUUCAUCUGUGCAUUCAUCUCAUAGCCAAUCAUCUUCUAUUAUAAUGGCAGAUCAAGAUGAAAAUAUAAUAGAACCUUAUUUAGAAACAAAAUUAGUCUCAAAUAAUAAAAGUUGUUUUCAAAAACCUUAUAAUUAUGAACGUCAUGUGAAGAUAGAAUCAAAUAAAAAGGAUGAAGAGCUUAAAAGUAAGGAAGGUCUAUUAAGUCAAAAUGAAAAGGAAAGAAUUAAUAGUAAUAAUACAGCUUUAAGUAAUGAUAAAACUGAAAAUGGAAGUACUUAUUAUAAAAAAAUGAUGACUUAUGAAACCUUGCCCAAUGUGGAACACUAUAAAAAUAUAUUUUCCAUGGUUAAAACUAAAGGUAGACCAAGCCUAACUGAAUUACACAAUAGACCACGUUUACCGGAGCAAUUUAUAGAUAAUGAUAAAGAACAAGAUUUUAACGAACCCCAAAAUGGAGAGUACAAUGAAUACAGGCAGCAACAAGAAAUGCCUCUGCACUCCCUUAGAACUGGGAUCAAAAGAAUAGGGAGUGACAAGGAGAGAGGAAUAUCAUUAGGCCCCAAGUUUGGUUGGAUUAAAGGAGUAUUAGUGAGAUGUAUGUUGAACAUAUGGGGUGUUAUGCUAUUUUUACGACUAUCUUGGGUGGUAGGUCAAUCUGGAGUAGGUAUAAUAAUAUUAUUUCAAAAUGAUCUAAUUUUAUUAAUUACACAAUUAUUUUUACGAAAAUCAGGUUUAGCCACUAUGAUAGUUUUGCUUUCAAUUACUGUCACGAUCAUAACAUCUAUGUCUAUGUCGGCAAUUUGCACAAAUGGGGACGUUAAAGGAGGUGGCGCAUAUUACAUGAUAUCCAGAAGUUUGGGACCAGAAUUUGGGGGAGCCAUAGGAAUAAUAUUUUCUUUGGCGAAUGCGGUCGCCGUUUCCAUGUAUAUAGUCGGCUUUUCAGAAACCGUUCUAGACCUAAUUUCAAAAUAUGUCGGAUCGUAUUUUGGGAUAUCGGCUACUAAUUGGAUAAGGAUUAUAGGUUGCUUAACCGCGAUCCUUCUAUUAGCGAUUUCUUUAGCCGGAAUGGAAUGGGAAGCCAAAGCACAAAUCGGAUUACUGGUGCUAUUGCUGAUCGCCAUAUUAAAUUACAUCAUAGGCUCGUUCCUUCCUUCGAAAGACCUUCAAAAGGCUAAAGGAUUUUUCGGAUAUAAUGUUCAGAUAUUCAAACAAAAUUUUAAACCCGCGUUUACUAAAGAAGAGAAUUUUUUUUCAGUAUUUUCUAUAUUUUUCCCUGCCGCAACCGGAAUACUAGCGGGUGCCAACAUAUCCGGUGAUUUAAAAAACGCCCAAAAGGCUAUACCAAAAGGCACAUUUCUAGCCAUUCUGAUAACCACUGCUGUUUACCUAGCCCUAAUUUGGAUGCUAGGGUUUUCGGUGAUAAGGGAAGCUUCUGGAAAAGUUUCCGAUCUUUUUUCUUUUAAUAAUCUUUCCUCUCUCUUUCCUGGAAAUGUAACUAGUGGUUUAAUGCUUGGUGCUAAUAAUACUAUCAAAAAUUUCAGCAAUGUCUUGAAAUCCAAUGAUGCUAACGCGAAUAAUUUACCAUUGGUUUCGACGAAUAUAUUGACUAAAAACAUGAGUAAAUUGGCUGAUUAUGUAUUGAUUAAUGGUGAUGGUUCUCACUUGUCCUGCGCCACCAAUCAACAAUUAGAUACCAACAAUGGUUUUAACAUUAAUAUGACUAAAUGUAAAUAUGGGUUGCUCAACGAUUAUCAGGUUGUUGAUAUGAUAUCCAUAUACGGGCCCAUCACCACGAUAGGAAUAUUUUCGGCUACCCUUUCUUCUGCAUUGGCAAGUUUGGUGGGCGCUCCUAAAGUUUUUCAGGCUCUGUGUCGAGAUAAUUUAUUUCCUGGAAUCAGAUAUUUUGCCGUGGGCAGUAAAAAGAAUGAUGAACCUUACAGAGCUUAUGUGUUAGCGUUUGCGAUCGCCGUUUUAUUCAUAUUAGUCGCACAGCUGAAUCUUAUAGCUCCCAUCAUCUCUAACUUCUUCUUGAUGGCUUACGCGCUCAUCAAUUAUUCGUGCUUCGAUGCAUCCAUGUCCAAAUCGAUAGGUUUCAGACCCAGUUUCAAAUACUUUAACAAAUGGAUUAGCCUUUUUGGAAGCGGUCUUUGCCUGGUGACCAUGUUCCUCAUUCAAUGGUGGGCCGCGUUUUUAACCUUUUUUUUCGUUAUAUCCUUCUAUGGCUACGUUAGAUACAAAAAACCUGACGUCAAUUGGGGAUCGUCCACACAAGCUCAUUCUUACAAAAAUGCAUUAACAUCAGUAUUAAAAUUGAACAAUAUCGAAGAACACGUUAAAAAUUUUAGGCCACAAAUAUUAGCCCUCACGGGAGAUCCCAAAUCAAGACCCGCAUUUUUAGAUUUCGUUAACAAUUUCACCAAAAAUAUCAGUUUAUUGAUAUGCGGUCACGUUAUAUUGGGGCAAUCUACGGACAUGUACUUUGACGUUAACCCGAAUCGAGUUUACACUUAUUUUAAGCACAGGAAAAUAAAAUCCAUGUAUAACGCCGUUGUGGCCCCUACUUUAAGGAUGGGCGUCAAGUCAUUGAUUCAGUUAUCUGGUUUGGGACGCCUGCGGCCGAACGUCUUGAUGAUGGGUUACAAAAAUAAUUGGGAGAGUGAUGAUAUGGAGGCCCUGAACCAAUACUUUAAUAUAAUCCACGACACCUUUGAUAUGCGGUUUGGCCUCGGUAUUUUGAGACUCAAGAACGGGUUGGACUAUUCCUUCUACACCAACCAGAAUACUUCAGCAGCCGCGAAUAAAAGUUUAAACGAGCAAAAUAAUUCGCGCUAUAAAAUGUCGCUUAGAUCAUCCGUCACUACGAAUGAAAAUUACGAAAUGGGUAGUAAUGGGAAGAGAGACCCUUACGGAGUUUCCAAACAUAAUUACUACGCUAUGAACGCACAAAACCAAGUUUCAGAUGACGAGUAUUUCGACGAGGAGGACGAUUUUCUCGAGAGGGGAUUAUCAUCCAAAAAAAAUAAAUCUGAAUUAUUCCUGGAUCAAUACAUUUCUAAACCGUUCAAGAGGGUUUGGAGCGGCAUAGGUAACGGGGGUUGCGAAUCUGAAGGAAAGAAAAAUUUCGUUUCGCAUAAAGACUCUGUUAAGAGUUCAUCCUCCAACUUAUUUUUUCGCGGAAGAUUUAGGAAAAACUCUUUGCCUUCCUUGAAAGUAACCCGUAACAAUAAAGGUCAAGGUUACAAUGGUUCUUGUUCUAAAAAAAAUUUAGCUAAGAGUUACAAUAAAUUGUCGCCUUCUAUCUCAAUUCAUACCCCAACUAAGAUGAAGAGUAUGUUAUUCCAAUACCAAGAAGAUGCCUAUCGUCCUCAAAAAAGAACAAUUGACGCUUCAGGAAAAGAAGCUGUGAUUGAGGCACCCAUGAGUCCGAAUUUGGAUUCCAGGGCCGAACAAGAUGCAACUCCAAACAAUAUUUCUACCCUGACACGUAAAAAGCGGACUGCUAUGAUUUACAACAAAAAUAUCCUCAGUUCUAUCAAUCUAUUUCAUUAUAAACAGAAAAAAGGUUACAUAGAUGUGUGGUGGCUCUUCGACGAUGGUGGUUUAACCAUUCUACUGCCGUAUAUAAUAUCGCAAAGACGCAAUUGGGAAAAUUGUAAAAUGAGAUUUUUUGCAUUAUCCAAGGACAAGAAAGAUUUAGAUAUAAUGCAUCACAAUUUUGGUGCUAUGCUAACAAAGUUCAGAAUCGAUUAUUCUGAUGUAAUUAUCUUACCAGACAUCCAUCACAAACCUAAAAAAGAAGGUAUAUCAGAUUUCGAGUCGCUUAUUUCUAAAUACAGAGUGAGAGAUGAAAACGAUCCCAAAUACAAAACGGGUAUGAUAACGGAUGCUGAAUACCUAGCCUUGGAGCAAAAAACUCAUAGGCAUAUACGGCUUCAUGAAAUGCUGAACUUAUAUUCCUUGCAUUCCAACCUUAUCGUUAUGACUUUACCUAUGCCUCGGAAAGGUACUUGCUCAUCGGCUUUAUACAUGGGAUGGCUUGAAAUAAUGACAAGAAACCUGCCUCCUAUUUUAUUACUCAGAGGAAAUCAACAAAGCGUUCUAACCUUCUAUUCUUAAUAUCAGUUUGCACAACCAAUACAUUAUUUUUAAUUUAACGCGUUGCCAAAAUUAUUUCGAUUUUUUUUUUCUUUCUUAAAUUAUAAAUUUAAUAUACGACAAAUUUAUUGUUAAUAUUAUUAUCUUUUAAAUCUCAUUAUUACAGUUUAUUUUACUAUCUAUUUUAUUCGCCUAGUCAAUUUUUUUUAAUUAUCGCAUUACCUUUUUUUCAACAAAAUUUCUUGUCAUUUAUCAUUGUAAAAAUUUACAAUCAGUCAAAAAUAUUUUUUUUAAGGUAAAUUCGUUUUUAAAAUUAUAUUACCUAAAUAUAUAUAUUACAUAUACACUUGAAAAAAAAUGUACAGAUUUAAGUUUUUAUUAUUCUUUUUUAAACAUAAUAUAUAUUAUGCCAUCAAAUCUUAUCUGUCUAUAUUUAGUUAAAAAAAAGACCCCUAAACAAUAUCAAUUGAAUGAAAUUUAUUUUCUAGUCGAUUGAAUGCGAGUCACAUUAUGUUAGUAU